GGGGUCCCGGCAGCUUCUAGUAGGUUCCAGAAGGCGGCGCGUGCGGUUGGUAACGCGGAGCGGACGGAGUCGAUUCAACCGGGUUCCUGGCUGGGCUAUGGAGCAGGUGAAUGAGCUGAAAGAGAAGGGCAAUAAGGCCCUGAGUGCUGGCAACAUCGAUGAUGCCUUACAGUGCUACUCCGAAGCAAUUAAGUUGGACCCCCAGAACCACGUGCUCUACAGCAAUCGCUCGGCGGCCUACGCCAAGAAAGGAGACUACCAGAAGGCCUAUGAGGAUGGUUGCAAAACUGUUGACUUAAAGCCUGACUGGGGCAAGGGCUAUUCUCGAAAAGCAGCUGCUCUCGAGUUCUUAAACAGAUUCGAAGAAGCCAAGCGGACCUAUGAGGAGGGUUUAAAACAUGAAGCAAAUAACCCUCAGCUCAAAGAGGGUUUACAGAACAUGGAGGCCCGGUUGGCAGAGAGGAAGUUCAUGAACCCUUUCAACAUGCCCAACCUGUACCAGAAACUAGAGAGUGAUCCCAGGACGAGGGCGCUGCUCAGCGACCCCUCCUACCGCGCACUGAUAGAGCAGCUGCGGAACAGGCCGUCCGACCUGGGCACGAAACUACAAGACCCUCGGGUCAUGACCACUCUCAGUGUCCUCCUGGGGUUCGACCUGGGCAGCAUGGAUGAGGAGGAGGAGGUCGCAACACCACCACCGCCGCCGCCUCCCAAAAAGGAGACCAAGCCAGAACCAAUGGAAGAGGAUCUUCCAGAGAAUAAGAAGCAGGCCCUGAAAGAGAAAGAGCUGGGGAACGAGGCCUACAAGAAGAAGGACUUCGACGCAGCCCUGAAGCACUAUGACAGGGCCAAGGACCUGGACCCCACCAACAUGACUUACAUGACCAACCAAGCAGCUGUGUACUUUGAAAAGGGCGACUACAGCAAGUGCAGGGAGCUCUGUGAGAAGGCCAUCGAAGUAGGGCGAGAAAACCGGGAGGACUAUCGGCAGAUUGCCAGAGCUUACGCACGAAUUGGCAACUCCUACUUCAAAGAAGAAAAAUACAAGGAUGCCAUCCAUUUCUAUAACAAGUCCCUGGCAGAGCACCGGACACCAGAUGUGCUCAAGAAAUGCCAACAGGCAGAGAAAAUCUUGAAGGAGCAAGAGCGGCUGGCUUAUAUAAACCCUGACCUGGCUUUGGAGGAGAAGAACAAAGGCAACGAAUGUUUCCAGAAAGGGGACUAUCCCCAAGCCAUGAAGCAUUAUACAGAAGCCAUCAAACGGAACCCAAAAGAUGCCAAGUUGUACAGCAAUCGAGCGGCCUGCUACACCAAGCUCCUGGAGUUUCAGCUGGCACUCAAGGACUGUGAAGAGUGUAUCCAGCUAGAGCCAACCUUCAUCAAGGGUUACACACGGAAGGCAGCUGCCCUGGAAGCGAUGAAGGACUACACAAAAGCAAUGGAUGUCUACCAGAAGGCGCUAGAGCUGGACUCCGGCUGCAAGGAGGCAGCGGAUGGGUACCAGCGCUGUAUGAUGGCCCAGUACAACCGGCACGACAGCCCCGAGGAUGUGAAGCGACGGGCCAUGGCUGACCCCGAGGUGCAGCAGAUCAUGAGUGACCCGGCCAUGCGGCUCAUCCUGGAGCAGAUGCAGAAGGACCCUCAGGCCCUGAGCGAACACUUAAAGAACCCUGUGAUAGCACAGAAGAUCCAGAAGCUCAUGGACGUGGGUCUGAUUGCGAUUCGGUGAUGACUCGCUCGUCACCCCCCUUCCCUUUGCCCUCGUGUGGAAAGAGGAGCUGGGACCCCUGCGAGCAGCACAGCACGGAGCCAGAAGGGAGAGGAGGGGAGCAGACAGCGUUUCUCUCUAUAUUUAUACAGACCUGUGGGAACGAUGCAGAGACUCGUGUCCGCGUUCCUCCACAGCCGCCGCCUCUGGGGCCUCCCAGCACGUGCAUGGUCUCUUCUGCUGUCCUCGAGUUUCAUGUCUCUGUCCCCUGUCCCCAGUCACUGUCUCAGCUGCUCUCCCAUAGUUGGUUAUUUUUUAUUUGGGGCAGUGGGCAUGUAUGGGGAGGGGAGGGUGUUCUUCCCAACCUCAGGUCCGUCCCAGCUGUCUUCACGUUGUUCGCUCCACGUCCCCUCCUCCAAUAAAGCAAGCCAGUCGGGCGUGGUUGUA